AUGCCGAGGAGAACAGGAACUGGACCAGUGAACGAUGGAUCCAGCGGGACCAUCAACAUGAUUGUGGGAGGAACGGGAGAAUGCACAUUCAACGAAGAACAAAGAGGAUCAUCUUCAGGGAUAACAGGAAAGGAACGUGAGGGGGAGUCGCAUCCAGAAUUUAACUGGAAGUUAUAUGUAGAUGGAGCAUCAGGUACUGAGGGUAGUGGUGCUGGAAUAAUGCUUAAGGGGCCAGAAGAUUUUAAGGUAUGUUACGCCUUACGACUAGAAUUCAAAGCCUCGAAUAAUGCGGCAGAAUAUAAAGCCCUGAUAAAUGGGAUGUUGGUGGCACUGGAAGUGGGAGUAACCUACCUCGAGAUAAACAGCGACUCUCAGCUAGUGAUCAACCAGGUAACAGGGAUGUAUCAAGCUAGAGACCCCGCUAUGCAGAAUUACUUGGCUAAAGUAAAAACUUUAGAAGCCAAGCUCACAAGUCGAGGAGUAACCAUCAAAUUUCAAAGAAUACCCCGAGAGGAAAAUGAGGAAGCAGAUUUGCUUAGCCGAUUAUCCAAAGAAGAAUUGGAACAGCUUCCCGACGAAGUGUGGAACAGAACCCGACUUGGAUGA